AUGUCCUUCUUUGUAGCCAAAGUCAAAAACGUAUUAAGUGGAGAUACAAUUGUCCUUACUCCUUCCAAAUCAACUCAAAUCCCACCUCCAGAAAGAAUCUUAACUCUUUCAAAUGUUCGUGCACCAACUGAUGAUUUUGAAUCAAAAGAAUUCUUGCGUCAAUUAUUAAUUGGAAAAGAAGUCAAAUUUAAAGUCAAUUAUAAAAACCCAACCACUGGUCGUGAAUUUGGUGAUGUUCAAGCUCCAAUUUUUAAAUCUUUGACUGAAUAUUUGUUAUCUCAUGGACAAGUUAGAUUAAAAGAAAAUUUCACUGAACAAGAAGGUGAUAUUUAUUAUACUUUAGCUGAAGCUGAAAAUACUGCUAAGUCUAAUCAAGUUGGUGUUUGGAAUACUAAACCUGAAAAAGUCGAAUUGGUUCAAUUGAAUGAAAAUAUUAUUAAUAAGUCCCAAAAGUACCCACUUAAGGUCAUAAUCGACAAAGUCAUUAGUGGUGACAGAGUAGUUGCCCGUAUUAUUGCGAAUAAGAACCAACACAUCUCCACUACAUUAUUAUUAGCAGGUAUUAAAUGUCCAAGAACUGAUGAUGCUCAACAAUCUGCUCAUUUGACUAAAGUUGCUCAUCAAGCUAAACAAUUUGUUGAAGAGAAAUUAUUAACUACAAAGGCAGAAUUAACUACCUCCAUAAUUGGUGAAAGUUCUACCGGUGUUCCAAUCGCUAUUAUCAAUCAUCCUUCUGGUAAUAACAUUCAUGAAAAAUUAUUAGAAGCUGGAUUAGGUGAAGUUGUAGAUUGGCAAUCUACUUUAAUCGGAUCUUCAACUAUGGUUGUUUUAAGAAAGGCAGAACAAACUGCCAGAGCAUUAGGUAAAGGAAUCUUUGCCAAUGCCAGUGCUCCAACAUCUAGACCAGCUACUGGUCUUUCUUCCAAGAAUUUGAAACCAGGUGCCACUAUUGACAAUGUCACCAUUGCUAGAGUUAUUUCAGCUGAUUCUUUUUCAAUUAGAUUACCUCAUUCUGAUGAAGAAAUCACCGUCCAAUUGGCUUCUCUUAGGGCUCCAAGAUUGAAUGAUCGUACUGUUACCAACGAUGCCCAAAAACAACAAGCAUUAGUAUUGACUGCUAAAGAAUUUACCAGACAACAUGUUAUUGGUAAAUCAGGUACUCUUUACAUUGAUGGUUACAGAAAUGAAAAUAAAGAUUUAGGGCUUGAAGCUAGAUUUUUGGUUAGUUUCAAAUAUGGUAAUACUGAUCUUUCAGAAUUAUUGGUCACUAAUGGAUUUGCUACCGUUAUCAAACACAAUAAGGCAACUCAACAUGAACGUUCUUUGAAUUGGGAUAAAUUAGUUGAACUAGAAGAAGAAGCCAAGAAGUCUCCAAAUAAGCGUGGUAUCUAUGGUGAUUUAAAUAAGGUUUUGACCGUUGGAACUCGUAUUAUUGAUGCAAGUGAGAAUUUCACCAAAGCUAAAACAUUCUUCAAUGGUUUUAAACAACGUGGAAGAAUUAGUGCAUAUUAUGUCGAACAUGUCUCCUCCAUCAAUCGUGUCAGAUUAUUCAAUCCUAAAGAAGGUAUCAAAUUAACCUUAAUCUUGGGUGGAUUAUCUAAUGACAAAUCCGAAACAUUGGGUGAUGAAGGACUUAAAUUCAUGAACAAAAAGUUCUUACAACGUCCAAUUGAAUUUGAAAUCUAUGAUACUGAUAAAUUAGGUGCAUUUAUUGGUAAUUUAUAUGCAAAUGCCAAUGCCUUAUCUCCAAUUCAAGUGAAUUUGUUAGAACAAGGUUUAAUUAAAUGUCAUGAUUUCGCAGUCAAUGCGAACCCAAUGUCUGCACAAUUACUUAAGGCUGACGAAACUGCCAGAGAAGCCAAGAAGGGAAUUUGGUCCGCAUAUGAUGCCGGAAAAGUUGAACGUGAAUUAGCUGAAUCCAGUGCAAAAUUGGCUGAAAUCAAUUUAGCUGCUUCCAAGCCACAAUAUUUUGAUGUUGAAGUUGUGGAUGUUGAUUCUCAAGGUAUACUAUCAUUCCAUUAUUUAGAUAGUGCUACUGUUCAAAAAUUUGCUACUUUCAAAGUUUCAUUCAAUGAAUUCCAUUCACAACCUCCUAGUGCAUCAAGUGCUUCUGGUGAUUUACCAUUUAAUUUGACUCGUGGACCUAAAAAGAAUGAAUUAGUAAGUGCAAAAUUUGAAAAUGGUAAAUAUUAUCGUGCUAAGGUUACAAACUUCGAUAAAACAACUGGGAAAUAUCAAGUUAAACAUUUAGAUUUUGGUAAUGUUGAUGAUGUUCCUUUAAAAUCUUUACGUUCGUUACCAGCUAAAUUCAGUUUGACUGUUUAUCCACCAUUUGCCCAUACUACAACAUUACAGAACUUAUCCUUACCACCAGCUAAACCAACUGACUACUUGACUGACGCAAUCUAUGCCCUUGAAGAUUUGACGUAUGAUAAGAAAUUAGUUCUUAGCGCCUUACCUAACAGUGCUGGUACUGCUGAAUUUGAAGGUAUUUUGUAUGAUUCUGAACAAUCUUUGGUUGAUCCAACUUAUACUAUUAACAAACAAUUAGUAAGCGAAGGUUGGGCAAUUGUGAAUAAUAAGGUAGUUAAACCUGCUGUUAAGGAUUAUGUUCAAGAAUUGCUUAAAGUCCAAACUUCAGCCAAGGCUGAUCAUUUGGGUUGUUGGGAAUUUGGUGACGUUUCUUUCGACGAUGAAGACACUUUGUUGUAA